UUCGUCGAAAGGAAAAGACGGUGAAGUUGCAGACUCUUCCUUUAUUGCGAUCACUCUGCUACGCGUCCUUUGAUUCGUUUUGAUAACUUUUGAUCCGACUACCCACGACCGACACAAACCACCGCCUUACCCAAUCCUCCCAUCCUCGUCUAAGAUAGGAAACAAAGCAAGUGUUUCACUUCCGACCAGACCAACCAGGAAAAAACGAACCAAGUCUUCCAAAUCCGACAAAAUGGAUCUAAGCGCAUCGAUCGCGAACCAGACCGAUGUCGGUUUGGGGAUAACGAAGAAGCUGCUUCAGACCGAAGGCAAGGACAAGAACGUGGUCUACUCGCCGCUGUCCAUCCACGUGGUGCUCAGCCUGAUCGCCGCUGGGUCCAAGGGUCCCACCCAGGAGCAGAUUCUCUCUUUCCUCAAGUCCAAGUUCGCCGGGGACCUCAACUCCUUCGCCUCCGAGCUCGUCGCCGUGAUCUUCGCCGACGGGUCACCCACCGGCGGUCCGCGGUUGUCGUUUGCCAAUGGCAUUUGGGUGGACCAGCCUCUCGCUCUCAAGCCUUCGUUCAAGGAGGUCGUGGAAUCUGCUUACAAGGCCGCUGUUAACCAAGUCGAUUUCCAGACCAAAGCUGCUGAAGUGGCUGCUGGAGUGAAUUUGUGGGCCGAAAAGGAAACUAGUGGCCUUAUUAAAGAGGUUCUUCCUGUUGGAUCAGUUGACGCCUCGACUAGGCUAGUCUUUGCAAAUGCACUGUACUUCAAGGGAGCUUGGAGUGAAAAGUUUGAGGCAUCGUUCACGAAAGAGUCGGACUUCCACCUUCUUGAUGGGAGCAAAGUUCAGGCGCCGUUUAUGACCAGCAAGAGAAAGCAGUUUCUGAGUGCUUAUGAUGGUUUCAAAGUCUUGGGGCUUCCAUACAGACAAGGAGAAGACAAGCGUCGUUUCUCCAUGCACAUCUAUCUUCCAGAUGCCAAAGAUGGGCUGCCUGCAUUGGUUGAGAAAGUUGGUACUGGAUCAGGGUUCUUACAGCGCCAUCUUCCCUAUGAACAAGUUUCAGUGAGUGACUUCAAACUCCCGAAGUUCAAGAUAUCUUUCGGGUUCGAAGCUACCAAUCUACUGAAGGGUUUAGGCGUGGUCUUGCCUUUUAGUGGUGAAGGAGGUUUGACAGAGAUGGUGGACUCAACUGUGGGUCAGAACCUUUAUGUCUCCAGCAUAUACCACAAAUCCUUCAUUGAAGUAAAUGAAGAAGGUACAGAAGCAGCAGCUGCCUCUGCUGGUGUUAUAAAAUUGAGGGGCCUGCCUCAAACCAUGGACUUUGUGGCUGACCACCCAUUCCUCUUCCUCAUCAAAGAAGAAAUGACUGGAACCGUGCUGUUCAUCGGGCAUGUGCUCAAUCCCCUUGCAGUCGACUGAAUGAUUAUAUCACUCUUGUACUGUACCAGAGAAAAUAUGUAUGUAGACAACACCACCAGACUCUAGUAUUAUAUAACUACAAUGUAUGUUGUUGGUGUGCUGUAUUUCACUACCUGUUCUUCCAGUCUUGCUCCCCAUGUGCCGAGCGUUGUUCGGUCUGCCAUGGCGUUUAUGUAGUGUAGAAUCUUUGAUCCCCAGUGCUUGUCGAAAUCUUGAACUGCAUUUGAAUGAGAGAUUACGCUUUGAGUUUCACAUUUACUGGUACUUAC